ACACUUCCUCUAGAGAAGCCUCCGAGCGCGGCCGCCAUUCCGGGCCUCAAGCCGAUAAAGAAAAAGUACCGGAGAGGUUCUGGCACCAUUUCGGGGUGCCAAAGCAGCCAUGGAAGAGCCUGCAGCUCCCUCAGAAGCCCACGAGGCAGCCGGGGCCCAGGCAGGUGCUGAGGCAGCAAGGGAGGGUGUGUCUGGGCCGGACCUUCCCGUCUGUGAGCCCUCCGGGGAAUCUGCUGCUCCAGAUUCAGCCCUGCCACAUGCGGCAAGGGGCUGGGCCCCCUUCCCUGUAGCUCCAGUCCCUGCCCACCUCCGCAGAGGAGGCCUGAGGCCUGCACCAGCCUCAGGAGGAGGAGCCUGGCCCAGUCCGUUGCCGAGCCGAAGCAGCGGCAUUUGGACAAAGCAGAUCAUCUGCAGGUAUUAUAUACAUGGGCAGUGCAAGGAGGGGGAGAACUGUCGCUAUUCCCACGACCUUUCUGGUCGGAAGAUGGCCACUGAGGGCGGCGUUUCGCCGCCUGGGGCCUCUGCAGGUGGAGGCCCUAGCACGGCUGCGCACAUCGAGCCCCCGACUCAGGAAGUGGCGGAAGCCCCCCCGGCUGCAUCCUCCCUUUCCUUGCCUGUGAUUGGCUCGGCUGCUGAAAGGGGUUUCUUUGAAGCCGAGAGAGACAAUGCAGACCGUGGAGCUGCUGGAGGAGCAGGUGUAGAAAGCUGGGCGGAUGCCAUUGAGUUUGUUCCAGGGCAGCCCUACCGGGGCCGCUGGGUUGCAUCUGCCCCCGAGGCUCCUCUACAGAGCUCAGAGACUGAGAGGAAGCAGAUGGCUGUGGGCAGGGGGUUGCGGUUUUGCUAUUAUGCUUCCAGGGGAGUUUGCUUUCGUGGGGAGAGCUGUAUGUACCUCCACGGAGACAUGUGCGACAUGUGUGGGCUGCAGACCUUGCACCCCAUGGAUGCUGCCCAGAGGGAAGAACAUAUGAGGGCCUGCAUUGAAGCACACGAGAAAGAUAUGGAACUCUCGUUUGCUGUGCAGCGUGGUAUGGACAAGGUGUGUGGCAUCUGCAUGGAGGUUGUCUAUGAGAAGGCCAACCCCAAUGACCGCCGCUUUGGCAUUCUUUCCAAUUGCAACCAUUCCUUCUGUAUUAGAUGUAUCCGCAGGUGGAGAAAUGCCAGACAGUUUGAGAACAGGAUCAUCAAGUCUUGCCCACAGUGCAGGGUCACCUCCGAAUUGGUCAUUCCCAGUGAGUUCUGGGUGGAGGAGGAGGAAGAAAAGCAGAAACUUAUUCAGCAAUACAAGGAGGCAAUGAGCAACAAGGCCUGCAGGUAUUUUGCGGAAGGCAGGGGUAACUGCCCAUUUGGAAGCACAUGCUUUUACAAGCAUGAAUACCCUGAGGGCUGGGGAGAUGAGCCUCCUGGGCCAGGUGGUGGGUCAUUCAGCGCAUACUGGCAUCAACUUGUGGAGCCUGUGCGAAUGGGAGAGGGCAACAUGCUCUAUAAAAGCAUUAAGAAGGAGCUUGUCGUGCUUCGGCUGGCCAGUCUGUUGUUUAAGCGGUUUCUUUCACUGAGAGAUGAGUUACCCUUCUCUGAGGACCAGUGGGACUUGCUUCGUUAUGAGCUGGAAGAAUAUUUCAAUUUGAAUCUGUAGCAUCGUGCUGUAGCAUGUGGUCUAGUCUGCUGAGGUUCUGUCGUCUGCUAUUGCCUGUUUUCCCUGUGUUGACACUCUUACUGCUUUCAGGGGCUGUUGAGGCAGUGCUUCUGUUUUCUUGUCUAUUCUGCAUAUCUUUCCCUCUAGGAUUAUGGUGAUUAUCUGUGUUAAAAAAUAAGUCCUUAAAGUUACUGUUUUGGUGAAAUUAAUAUUAAUGUCAGCUUAUGGCUUUUUUUGUCAUCUCUGUUGUCAACAGGAUUAACUCAGUUCUAGUGUAGUGUUUACUGAAUUUCCACACUUAUUUUGAAGACCUUCAAGAGUAAAUGUGGCAGAGUGAAAGGUGAAGUUUUAAUUGAACUAGUAGCUUUGUGCUAUAAUAGCCUUAACAAAUGGACCCUCGCAGGGCUUUGCAGCUGCCCAUCUGUUUGUUUACAGUUUGUUCUUUCCCUCCUUCCCCUUCAAGUGCACUUGUUAAACUGUGAUGAACUUGUGAUUUUGUGUUUUACUUGACCAAAACCAAGUGUAUAUGUUUACAUGUUUUUAUCCUGUUUAGCUUGACGUGAAAUAAUUUAUAUUUGGAAAUAUAUAUUUAAGAAUGAUAUAUAUAUAUAAAAUAUAUAUGUAUAAGAGUUAUGUAUUUGAAAAAAUAUAUAAAAGAAUAUACAUCACAAUAUAAUAUUUAUGUUUAUGUAAUAAAGUAAAUACAGAGCUGAAAGCUGAAGGUCAAAGCCUAACAGGAUAGGCUGUUGUGUGGAUGUGAGUUGUGUGAAUAAUCUUUCUGUCCCUCGCACAGAAGCCAGUAAUUAGCAUCUAAUGAAAAGGACUGUUCAAGUGGGUCUGGCCAAAUGUGACAGAUGCAGAUCUUAGAGGACUUACAAAGCACUAUAUUGGUAAUUCUUACAAUGGCAUUAAUAGCUCACUCUAUAAAUACAGAAAUGGUGUUCCUAUGCAGUUUAGCCACCUUCUCAUUAAUUCUUUUUAACAGCAAAUCCUAGGCUCAGAGGCACAGUGCUUUGUAUUUGAUACACAAAGUCUCUAGACUUUCCCAACAAGGGGCUUUUGACAAAAGAUUUCAACAUAAAAGUAACAAGAUUAUAAAAGGGAAAAUAGAACAAAAAUAUUAAAACCAGUGAGAAUAAAAGAAUGGAAAGAUAAAAUAAUAAAAUAUAAAAAGCACUAAAAACUAAGUGUAAGAUUAAUAUAGAAAAUUUACAUACAAGUACAACUUAAUUAGAUUAAAUGAAAGCAGUUUAAAGACUGGAAGUCAAAGGCUCUAAGACUUCAUUACAAUCAGAAUAAAACAUCCUAUUUAAAAUACACCCAACAUAAAAAUACAGAAACAUUCAAAGUAGUAGGAUGGGAAAAAAACAAACAGGUGCUGUGACUCUCUUGAUUAUAGACGAAGUUUAUAGUAAGGAUAAACACUUUGCUGGAGAUAAAAAGGAAUAAUACAUAAACAUUAAAUUGUAAUUCACAGGAAUAUAUAACUAUUCAAAUUUUGUAUACAUUUAAUAACAUUGUAUCAGAUACACAACUGAUGAAAACCCUAAAUCCAGACUCUUAGUGGACAAUUUUAAUACACCUUUUUAGUAACCAAACAAGCAAAGAAAAAAUGAAUGUGAAAGAGAAUGAUGCCAUUUUAAUGAUUUACCUGUAUAACAUAUGAUCUGCAUCAACUGCAAAUGCACUUAUCUUGGCUGAAGGAGCUGAAAAAUAUGCUGGGAGUCUGAAUCUUGAGUCCCAGAUUAUUCACACUGUCCUGACUGUCCAACAAAGAUGGCACAUUUACAGAGUUUAUACCAUGUACUUUGCAUGCAAAAGGAUGAAUUUGUCAGAACUACCUAAUGUGGUACUUGCUAUAAUUUUUCUCAUUAUCAUGAUGAGGUAAAUAAUACAGAAUUUAAAGGUUUUGCCCAUAGAGUUUAUGACCCAUAGCUGUGAAUUAGUGGGACAAAGACUGGAACUCAAGCAGUAUUUGUCCAGAGCACUUGCACUUACCGUGUUCACUAGGAGCAGGUCGACCAGCUGAAUGUAGCUGCUGGAGAUGCAAGUACAGCCUUUAAGUAUGGAUGCUUCAGCCAAGUGGAGCAAAGAUGGACAUGAAUAAGCUCCCACAGAAUGUAGGAGCCAUGGGGCUUUUAUCUAUAGGCUGCCAGCUCAGUGAUUUUAGUCCACUGCUUCAGAGUGUGCCUCAGCCUCCUAUACUUUUACAUUGCCUCUCCCUUCUUACACGACUCCUGGUUCUCCUAGUAAGUACCUCAGCCUAUUUGCCUGGACCUUUUGCCAUAUUCCUUUCCUCUUGAUUCCUCUUAGCCAAAGAAUUCACCAGUCAGGACACCCUUGAUGCCUGACUAUCACUGGCAUGCAAGGUGAGUGACAGAUUCCAAAUGAAUUCCAAACAUCUGAGGUCCCUGCCCUGCAAUCGUGCAGGAGAAAGAGAGAUUAGAUUAACUAAACAACCAAAGAAUGAGACCAGAUGGUGCACUGUCAAAGACUGUGCCAACACCAAAGUCUCAAAAAAUAGUGGCAAAGCUUUCAGAGAGGGAUUUUUAAGCUGAGCCCAGAAAGCUGUGGAGAGUUUCUCCAAAUGUACACUUCCCUGCAUUGUGAAAUACUGUGUUUUUAUUCAAAUAGUAUCUUGAACCAGAUAAUCAUAAAAUUCAGGAUUUAUAGUAGGACAAUGGUUAGUAGAAAAUAAAGUGGCUUGAGAGGCAAAGGAUAGUUAGAAUCCUGACUCUGCUUCUUACCAGCCAUUCAGUUUCACAGUCUAAGCAAGUUACUUAAAUUUUCUGUACUUCAGUUUCUUCAUAUGAGAAAUGGGUACAGUUCCACCUACUUUUGCAGGAUUGUUGUGAGGAUCAAAUGUAGUCUGGACAAAAAGCUUGAAACAUAGGUUUUUGUUUUUUUUUUUAGUGAUUAUAUAUAGAUGUGAGAUUUGUGCAUAUUUUUGGACAUGAAAAGGUGAUUGCACAGAAAUUAAUCACCAAGAUUUCCUUUUUGAGAAUCUCUGGAACUUAUAUUAAUGUAACGUUAUCAUUUAAUAAUCAUUUUGGUAAGCAAGGGGUAUAUUACCCUCACAUUUCAUAAUUUCAAAAAGAUGAAGUAUUUUUUCAGCAAAAAUUAUUCAUUUGAAACUACGUGCUAUUCAAUUACUUAAAAUAUAACAAAAGAAAUACAUAUUUUUGGCAGAGUUCUAGGUGAGGAAAAUAACAAAGAGACAUUUUUAGAAUAUAUGGGAUUCCUUGUUCCCUCAUCAGUUCAUUCAGAAAAAUGUCAAAUAACAGAAGUAUUACUGCCACCAAGUCUGGGUGAAAUGUUACCAAGGGCUUUCCCAUGAUCUGACCACUCCCCUGCUACAGUCAGGAACAAAGAAGCCUUUGCCACACAAAGGCCUGCUCUGUGAGUGAUUCAGAGUGUGUGCUGGCCCUCGCCCCUAUGAGGACUCAGGGACUCAGCCCUGGGGUCCACAAAAAUGGUAUCAUUUCAGCUACAACUUAAAAAGCCUAAAAUAAGUCAGGUUUGCUUUGCUUAGGUUUCAUGUGUCUCGAUUUUAUGGAUAUCCACACAUGCAAAUAUACUAAGAGAAAUUUACCUAGUAAUUCCUCCCCUUUGAAGAUAUGGAAAUGACUUUGUCUCAUGGCUCAAAUGUCACUAAAUCAAUUCACUGAAUUUCACUGUCAGGGAAACAUUUUCAGUCUGUAGUCUAUGUCCAUAUGCUCUUCCAUUUUACAGUUUUCCAAACGUCAUGGAGGCAUGGUUUCUGUUGCACAGCUAAUACUAAACUGCAACUUCAGUGUGGGAUAGAGUUAGGGUAGGGCUGGGAACAGGGAUGUAUGGUAAAUAACCCAGUACUAGUGCAAAGAAGUAAAUUAAUUCAUGUCAAUUUUUGCCUUGAAAAUAUAUAUCACAUUUUCCAAUAUUAAUGGAACAAAAACAAAAAUAAUUGUGAAAUAGAGUACAGUGAAACUGUCAAUUAGAUCUAGAUAUAAAAGUAGUACAGGCAACAUUUUCUGAGGUCAAUAUAAGAAAAUAAGCUACUAACGCAUGGGCACAGUGGCUCACACUUGUAAUCCCACCACUUUGGGAGGCCAAGGCGGGCGGAUCACAAGGUCAGGAGAUCGAGACCAUCCUGGCUAACACAGUGAAACCCUGUCUCUACUAAAAAUACAAAAAAAAAAAAUUAGCCGGGGUUGGUGGCAGGUGCCUGUAGUCCCAGCUAUUCAGGAGACUGAGGCAGGAGAAUGGCGUGAACCCGGGAGGCAGAGCUUGCAGUGAGCCGAGAUCGUGCCACUGCACUCCAGCCUAGGCAACAGAGCAAGACUCAGUCUCAAACAAAAAACAAAGAAAAGAAAAUAAGCUACUACCACUUUUAAUUGUCUCUCAUAAAUAAUUUGAUGUAGGAGUAAAUUCAAAAUCAUUUAGAAGAAUAUAAUAUGACGAUGACAAAUUAUACAUACCAUAAUAUACAGGAUACUUCUGGAUCUGUACUCAGAGUAUAACUCCUAAUUUUAAAUACUAAUGUAUAUUGUCUUAAAAACAAAGAGCCUAAUUAACUAGGUAUUUAAACCUAAAUUUUAAAAAGACCACAACAUGAACACAUGCACACAUAUACACAAACACAUACAAACACAACUAAGGUAAGCAGGAGGAAUUAAGAAAUAUUAAACUAAAAAUUUGUUGAACAGAGAAUGAAAAUGUAAAGGCUGAUUUUUUUUUUGUAAAAAUAAUUAGUAAACAGAUAAACCACUAACUUAAAAAAUAAAGGAUAAAGUGCAAUUAAAAUAGGAAAUGUUAAUCAGAGGUAAUUAGAGCUAAAAAGGCACUAAAGAAAUGGGAAAUAAAUCCUUGUUAUACCUGAGGGAAAUGUACUUGAAAAUAUGAAACAAAAUUUAACAGUUUCAACAUAAAUAUAAAUUUCCAAACAUCAAUCCAGAAGACAAAUCUAAGCGAACCUAUUACUAACAACAACAAAAAAAGUUGUCUGAAAUGCACUUACUCCCUACUCCACACAAAAAGAAACAGAAGACAUUAUCCCCUGAAAUUUACUUAAACAUUUAAGUAAAAUAUUGCAAUGCUGUAUAAACCAUUUCUUAGUCCAUUUGAGCAACUGUUAAAAAAUAUCAUAAACUAGGUGGCUUAUAAGCAACAUAAAUUUAUUUCUCACAGUUCUGGAGGCUGAGAGGUUUAAGAGCAUGGCACCGGCAGCUUGGUGCCUGGUGAGGGUGGGUUCCUGGUUCAUAGAUGACCAUCUUCUUAGUGUCCUCACAUAGUGGAGGGCACUGCCA